AUGGACGACGCGCGUGCUCGACGACUCGACAAGCUCUUUAACGACGUUCUUCAUGGGACACCACUCAGAAAGGGCACUUUCACACUGUUUCUGCAGGCUAUUAGAAAUCAGCAGGAUCCGGCAACAUGCAUAAACAAGAUCGUCGGUAGCCAAGGCGGCCUUGACGAAUUCCGGGAAGCGAUGAGGUUUGACCUCACUGAUUCUUUCUUCAACGGGGAGGCAACACAUAUACUCGACUAUCUCAAAGCACCGGAACUGGAAACCAUCGCCGGUGGGAGACUUCUUCAACAAGUGCUUCGACAUAUUGUCGACCCCCCGAUCUUCUGGGACAGGUUUGUCGCCGCCUUUGAGGAUGGUCGACUUGCAUUCCCCGCAGUGCGCGCUUUUGCGUGGCUCUUGCUCCAGCUAUGCAAACUCCCAGGCGCCUUGGCAGACCCUUAUAUCAAAAUUGCCGGCAACGACUUCCUACAGACGACAUUGAGCACAUCCGAAGACGACGAAACAAGAAGCAUCAACUACCAGCUCAAACAUAUCGUCGAUACCUGCAAUGUCAUAGCGCCAGAUGACUUGGAUGUUGACCUCCAUCCUGGCGGCCGUCACGAUAACGACUUUGCUGAUUUCCGCCAAAUUGCCAUUCUACCCACCGCGGAUGAAGUAGCUUCCUCUGAGCCUCCAUUCAUACGACGAUAUCGGCCUCUUGGUGAGAUGGAGCCAAGUCAAGCCGCCGCUCAGUGCCUUGACAAUCAGUUUCGCCUCCUCCGAGAGGACAUGCUCUAUGAAAUUAAGGAUGAGCUUAGUAUUGCCUUUGGCAAGAAGAAGGGCCGUCACCGUGGUCUUGUUCUCGAGGGUUUCUCGCUCUCGGGCGACAUAUUUCACGGGACAGACGAACGACUAUCAGCCUGGGGCAUAGUCCUCGAGGCACGGCCAGACUUUUGGUUCUUCCACAAAGUAGCCGAUCGGGACCGACGUAAAUAUGUCGAUGAGAACAAACAUAUUUUCAAGCAUCAAGCAUAUGUAUGCCUUCUUGUCAAUGACCAGGUUGUCGCAUUUCCAACCAUUCAUCGGGAUGAAGAACGAUUAGCCCAGAAGCCUCCGAAGCUUGUGCUACAGCUCCCUGAUCGCAGGAGCACGGUCAAGACUCUACUGAGGCUCAAACAGCUCCCUCAACCCAAAAUCAAGAUCAUUCAAAUUGACACCGCCAUCUUCUCUUACGAGCCGGUUCUCAAGGUGCUCCAGGGGAUGAGAGGACUUCCUCUUGCUCGCGAAAUCAUCUGCUGGUCACCUAACAAGUCAUUAGAGCCUCCAGCAUAUUUGUCGAAGAACAGCAUCAUUGAGGCAAUCGAACGAAAUCCUCGACAAGACCUUAAGCCAUUGUUAGGCUUAAACAAGUCCAUCGUAUUAGAUGAAUCACAAGCAGUCUCCUUGCAAGCCGGCCUCACACAGAAGGUCGCUCUCAUACAAGGCCCACCUGGCACCGGCAAGUCUUUCAUCGGCGCUUUACUCGCUCGAAUUCUAGAAAAGUCGGGCCGCAAAAUCCUUGUUGUCUGCUACACUAAUCACGCUUUGGACCAAUUCCUCGAGGACAUACUUGGUAUGGGAGUACCUGAUGAUAAAGUUGUUCGUUUGGGUGGCAAGUCUACAGCACGGACGGAAGGGUUAAGUUUACAUCGACAAAGUGGCGGUACUCGAUUCACUCGAGCAGACCACCAGAAUAUAGAUCGCACACGACAAGAUGCCAUUAACUUAUACCGACGACUCGAGAGGACCCAUGCCGACUUUUUGAAGCGUUUCGUGGACAUUCUUGCCUACCUUGAGUUUGAGGAGCCCGACUUCUUUGACGCGCUCACGAUCCCAAAGUCGGAAGAUGGGAUGAGUCAGGUUGGGAAAAGCGGCAAGAAACUUCAGCCAUGGUAUCUUGUCAAUCGAUGGGAGAUGGGCACCGACGCAGGAGUCUUCAAAAAUCUACUGGCUACCACCUCCGUUUGGAAGAUGGACCCUGCUUCACGCAAACUCAAAAUCGAACAAUGGACAGAUGCUAUCCGUAAAGAGCAGGUAGACGAAAUCGCUCGUCUUGGCGAUGCCUUCAACGAGUGUCAGCGUGGAAUCGAGCAGACAUUCCGCCAGCGUGACGUCUCCAUUCUGUGCUCGAAGCAGAUCAUUGGGUGCACGACAACCGGUGCAGCCAAGUAUGCGCGAGACAUUCGUCACGUAAAUGUCGAUGUCCUCCUUGUUGAGGAAGCGGGUGAAAUUUUGGAAAGUCACGUGAUAACCGCUCUUGGACAGCAAACAAAUCAAGUCAUCCUCAUCGGCGACCACCAGCAACUCCGACCCAAGGUCAACAACUACCAGCUUACAAUUGAGAAGGGCGAAGGUUAUGACUUGAAUCGGUCUAUGUUUGAGCGAUUGGUUCUUGAGGGCUAUCCACAUCGCACUCUAAUGAAGCAACAUCGCAUGCGUCCGGAAAUUUCGAACUUGAUCCGAACUUUGACGUAUCCCGAUCUGAUUGAUGAUGCCUCCACACUCAAUCGACCCAACCUACGCGGAGUCUGCGAUAAUCUAGUGUUCAUCCGCCAUGACAAGCCGGAGGAUGAAAAUCCACACAUCCAGAACCAGGCAGAUUGGGGCUCGAAGUCAUCGAAGCGCAACAACUACGAGGCUCAAAUGGUUUUGAAAGUCGUCAAGUAUCUCGGACAGCAAGGUUAUGGAACAGAUAAGAUUGUGGUCUUGACACCAUACCUCGGACAGCUGGGAGAACUUCAAUCUGUACUCAAGGCGGAGAAUGACCCCGUUCUGAACGACUUGGACUCCUACGAUCUGGUGCGUGCAGGACUUUUGCCUGCUGCUUCAGCAAAGGGUUCACGAGGAAAGCUACGGAUUGCAACCAUCGAUAACUACCAAGGCGAAGAGAGUGAAAUCGUUGUGACGUCGCUAACUCGUAGCAAUGCUGGAAACGAUAUUGGUUUUAUGUUUGCUCCGGAGCGUCUCAAUGUUCUGUUGUCCCGCCCUCGUAAUGCUUUCAUCAUGAUAGGCAACCCAGAUACGUUCAUCAAGUCGCGAAAGGGCCACGAAUUGUGGACCAAAUUCUUCGACAUGAUGAAGAGUGGUGGACAUGUCUAUGACGGCCUUCCCAUUAAAUGCGAACGUCAUCCGGAUCGCACCUCCAUCCUAAAGACCCCUGGCGAGUUCGAAACGGAAAGCCCUGAUGGGGGAUGCAAGGAACCUUGUGGAACCAUGCUCAACUGCGGCAUUCAUCCGUGUCCUUCAAAAUGCCAUCAACUGUCUGAUCAUUCCAAGAUGGAGUGUAGUCAUAUCAUCGAAAGCAAGUGUUCACAGGGCCAUGCUCGGUCUUGGAAGUGCGGCAAAGGUCCACCAUUGACCUGUCAUAAAUGUGAACAAGAGACAAAGGCUGCCGAAGCGAAGGCGAAACGAGACUUUGACCUCCAGCAGCAGCGUGAAGCGGCAGAACUAGCCUACAGGCGGAAACUUGCGGCAAUUGACGCAGAGAUAGCGGCAAAGAAAGAAGAAAUACGAGAGGCUCAAGUUGAAGCAGAACGUGCUCGCACCCUUGAACAGCGAGAAAACGAUUUGAAGAGCAUGUCGGUGCCGCGUGUGAAGAAGAGCGCACCUCCCAUCUCACCUGCCACUCCUCCGGCGCAACAACCCAACCCAUCCAAGUCAGUAAGCGGUGUGCCAACCUCCGAAGCGGCACCGCCCCAACCGGUCGUCAAGGAUCUUUCACCCAACACUCUCAAGAUUCCGAUUUCACCUUCAUCUCUAGAGUGGCAGAGGCAGAAGGACAUUGAAGGUGCUAACGAGCCAUCUAUCGAUGCGAUCAUGGCAAUGAUUGGCCUCGAAGAAGUCAAAUCUCAGCUUCUUGAAAUCAAGGCUACGAUAGAUACCUCGAUACGCCAAGGGACCUCACUCAAGAAGGAACGUUUCAACAUCACGUUCUUGGGCAAUCCGGGUACAGGUAAAACGACGGUUGCACGACAAUAUGCAAAGUUUUUGGCCUCUGUCGGAGUCAUUCCUGGUAAUGAAUUUGUCGAGACAACCGGUUCACGACUGGGAAAUGACGGCGUGGCUGGUGCUAAGAAGAUGCUCGAAGGAGUCCUCAAUGCAGGGGGCGGCGUUGUUUUCGUCGACGAAGCCUAUCAGCUUGCUGAACACCGCGGACCAGAGGUCUUGGACUUCUUAUUGGCGGAGAUGGAAAACAACGUUGGGACGAUCGUUUUCAUUUUUGCUGGCUAUGUGAAGGAAAUGGAGAAAUUCUUCGAGCAUAAUCCCGGACUCACAAGUCGUGUCCCACAUCAGUUCAAAUUUGCCGACUACACCGAUGCCGAACUGCUGGGCAUUUUCGCUCAUCUUAUCCAUGACAGAUUUGCUGGCAGAGCUCAGGUCGAAGAUGGGCUUGACGGGCUUUAUGCACGAGUUGUGGUCCGGCGUUUGGGUCGUGGUCGAGGCUCUCCUGGUUUCGGUAACGCCCGUGCUCUAGAGAAUGUAUUCCAGCAAAUCAGAAAGCGACAAGCAACUCGUCUAACGAAACAGCGAGCGGAAGGUCUCAAGCCCGAUGAUCUAUUUUUGACCAAGGUAGAUCUUAUUGGUCCCGAUCCCUCUCUCGCCACCAAAGAAUCCAAGGCCUGGACGAGUCUUCAGCAGCUAAUCGGCCUACAAUCAGUCAAAGAAUCGGUGCAAACCUUGUUGGACAUACUUGGCACAAAUUACCAACGGGAAAUCCAAGAGAAAAACCCACUUGACGUGUCCCUCAACCGUGUGUUCUACGGAAACCCUGGGACAGGUAAAACUACUGUCGCCAAGCUCUACGGACAGAUUCUCGCUGACAUUGGUAUGAUCAGUAAGGGUGAAGUUGUUAUAAAGAAUCCAGCCGACUUCGUGGGGGCGGUUCUCGGUGGCUCGGAGCAGCAGACGAAGCAAAUCCUCGCCAGUACGGAAGGCAAAGUAUUAGUCAUCGACGAGGCUUAUAUGCUGUAUAAUGGAAACGGGCUAGGGGGAAGCGGGAGUCAGGCGGACCCCUUCAAAACUGCAGUAAUCGACACUAUCGUCGCGGAAGUUCAGAGUAAUCCUGGAGACGACCGUUGUGUGCUCCUGUUGGGCUAUGAGGACAAGAUGGUGGAGAUGUUCCAGAACGUCAAUCCAGGUCUUUCUCGACGGUUCAACAUUGAAUCCCCUUUCCGAUUCGAAGACUUUGAUUCAGCUGAACUCCUCCAAGUUCUUGAAUUCAAACUUAAAAGCCAGCAUUUGGACGCCUCACCAGCAGCGAAGCAUGUUGCGAUCGACGUGCUUUCGCGCGCUAGCAUGCGACCCAAUUUUGGUAACGCAGGCGAAGUCGAAAAUAUGUUGGGACUGGCCAAGCAACGCUUCCAGGCUCGUCAGCGCAAAAUUCCGAGAGAGCAAAGGUCCAGCGACGUGGUAUUUGAACCUGAAGAUUUCGACCCGGAUUUUGCUCGUAAUCUUAAUGCGACCACGAAUAUUGUCAAGCUAUUCGAAGAUGUCAUUGGCUGCGAGGAUAUUGUCAAAAGACUUUCUGAGUAUCAAGCUGUUGCAGCGGUCGCCAAACAACGAGGACAAGACGUCCAUGCUCUUAUUCCGACCAACUGGGUCUUCACUGGCCCGCCUGGAACAGGAAAGACUACGGUUGCACGGAAGAUGGGUCAGGUUUAUUACGAUAUGGGCUUUCUAUCGUCACCGGAGGUCGUUGAAUGCGGCGCUUCAGAUCUGGUGGGGCAAUAUAUCGGGCAUACCGGCCCAAAGACAACCAAGUUGUUAGACAAGGCGCUGGGUCGGGUGCUUUUCGUUGACGAGGCUUAUCGACUCGGUGAAGGGCAGUUUGCGAAGGAAGCGAUCGACGAACUUGUUGGUUUGCUGACUCAGACAAAAUACCAUGGCAAGCUGGUCGUCAUCCUCGCUGGUUAUACUGACGACAUGCAUCGCCUUUUGUCGGUCAAUUCCGGGCUUGCUAGUCGUUUCCCAGAGGAAUUACCCUUCCCACAUAUGGCUCCAGCCCAAUGUCUAAAGGUUCUCAAGAUGGACCUUCAGAAGAGUCAGGUUGAGCUCGACGACACAAAUGCAGUCAAGAUGAUGGAAUUGAUUGGGCAGAUGUCCAAAUUGCGAGGCUGGGGAAAUGCACGAGACAUGAAGACCAUUGCCAAAUCUAUGAUCAGUAUUGCUCUGCGUUCUGCUCAGCCUGAUCAAGCAACGAUUCAGCUAGAUUCGCAAAAGGCUCUUGAGUGUCUACAGUCACACCUGCAGCGUCUUGCUUCUAGAGAAAAUUUCAGCACUCCCAAACCGUCACUCGAUGUCAGUCUGUUUCAAACUCAGGAUGCAGGGCCUGCACCUUCAUUUUCGACGAACACGACUACUCAAACAGCGCAACCGCCAGCCGAAGACGAGGUCGAGCCAGAACUAGAGGUUCAUGACACGAGACGAGAUGCUGGAGUUUCCGAUGCUGUUUGGAACCAACUCCAAGCAGACAAGGAGGCAGAGGAAUCCGCGAGAAAAGAGCGUGAAGCGGCUAUUCUUGAAGCUCAAAAGGAACUCCAAGCGGCUGAGGAAAGAGAAGCGCGUCGAAAGGAAGAAUUAGCGGAGGCGGAACGAUUGGCCACACAAGCACGUGAGCAACGCGAGAGAGACGAGCUGAAACGCAAAAUGGAGCUCUUGCGCCUACAAGAAUUGCUAGAAAGACGUGAGAAGGAACGGAGAUUACAAGAACUAGAACGACGUAGAAUGGAAGAGCAACAGGAGCGACAGAAAGAGGCCAAAGCCCAGGCGGCACUUCGUACAAUGGGUGUUUGUGUUGCAGGGUAUAGAUGGAUCAAGCAAGCGAGUGGGUAUCGCUGUGCGGGAGGUUCUCAUUUCGUCAGCAACGCACAAUUAGAGAACAGCUAUCACUAG